AUGUCUUUGAACUGCAAUGGUAUCACACAUAAGAAACAAGAACUAACAAAAUGUGUUGAACUCGACAAUACAAACAUAAUUCAGCUUGAUGAAACUCGUCUUGCUCCAAAAACAGAGCUCAAAAUUCCAAAUUUCCAAGUAUAUCGAAAUGACCGCCAACCACAACUAAGGCAACUACCGAACGGGAGAACUGCAGUACCGAUUCGUCAUGAAAUAGUUCACCAUCACGUAAAUACUCCAACAGAGCUCCACAGUAUCUAG